ACACCAGCUGCCUCCUCCAUGCCACCCAAGUUCAACCCCAACGAAAUCAAAGUGGUGAACCUGAGGUGCACCGGUGGGGAAGUUGGUGCCAUGUCUGCCCUGGCUCCCAAGAUCGGCCCUCUUGGUCUGUCUUCAAACAAGGUUGGUGAUGCCAUUGCCAAGGCAACUGGUGUCUGGAAAGCUCUAAGGAUUACAGUGAAACUGACCAUUCAGAACAGACAGACCCAGAUCAUCAAAGCCCUUAAGCAACCACCUAGAGACAGGAAGAAGCAGAAAAACGUUAAGCACAGUGGAAAGAUCAGUUUUGAUGAGAUCAUCAACAUUUCUGGACAGAUGUGGCACCGAUCUUUAGCUAGAGAACUCUCUGGAACCAUUAAAGAGAUUCUGGGGAGCGCCUGGUCUAUGGGCUGCAAUGUAGAUGGCCACUACCCUCAGGACAUCAACAGUGGUGCAGUAGAAUGCCCAAGAAUGCCCAGCUAA